AUGGCUGGUGUCCAGGCUAAAAAGUAAGUAUAUUUUACUUUUGUCCUAUUGAUAAUGUCAUUUUCUAGGAGAAAAACGAGUACUUUGGAAGUUAUGUGUCGCAUUAGACCAUAUGAUGGUGAUCAUCCUUCAGUUGCAAUCAUAGAUGAGGAAAAGGUCAGAUUAGUUCCUCCGCCGGACGCUCCGCUGAACAGACAUGGGGAACCGAGGGUGAGUUUAUAUAUGUUUUAUGUGCUGUCUGAUUUCCUUGGAUGAGCAAAACAAAUAACCAUUACGGUUUCUUGUAUUCACAGUUGUACAGCCGCUUUUUUCAGACAGAGAGUGUCUACAAAUUUGCCCAUGUCUUCGAACCUUAUGAAUCCCAAAGGGCCGUCUUCGAACAAUCUGCUCUGGAUUUUGUGGAGAAUCUUGUGAACGGACAGAACUCCCUUCUCUUCACUUAUGGUGUCACUGGCAGUGGAAAGACCUUUACAAUGACAGGAACAGGAGUUGGAGAUAAUUCUGGCAUUAUCCCCAGAUCAGUCGAUGUUCUCUUCAAUUCCAUCAAAAAUCAGGCAGAUAAAUGUGUUUUUGCUCCGAAUGGAAGGAACGGAUUUUAUGUUAGAGCUCCAGAAGAGGCAUGGCUUGCCAGAGAACACUAUCCCGCCGAAUAUUCAAUAUCGGAAAGGAUUAUUGAAUCCAAAAAAGUGAGUAUUUUGUGUAAUUUUUGACCUCUUUUAGGUAUACGGAUUUAGAAAUGAUAUGAUGUGUAGUGUGUUUAUUUCCUACGUCGAAAUCUACAAUGAUCAGUGUUAUGAUUUGUUCGAUAGUGCCUUGGGACAAAACAGACUCAAUAUGACCAAAAAUAUACGGAGUGAUGCUAAUGGAGUUAAUUAUGUGGAGAAAGUAGUGGAAGUGGAGGUCACGUCAAGUGAUGAAGUCCUGGAAGAGUAUUUGAAGGGUAUGUUGGUCAUCUGUGAGCAUAUAAUUGUCAUUGUUUUUAGCACAAGAACGUCGUAGCUUUGCCAAAACUGUGCUAAAUGACAACAGCAGCAGGUCCCACUCCGUCUUCACCAUCAAGUUGGUUCAGGCUCCCAUAGAUGAGUCGCUUACAGAUACCACUCAUCCAGUUUCUGAUGAGUCAAAGGUAAAAAUAAUUUAGAAUUUAUUAAUCGUAGUGAAUGUUUUUUUUAAUUUUAUGUUGUUUGCAGAUUGUUGUUUCGCAACUCUCUUUGGUUGACUUGGCUGGUUCAGAGAGAUCAAAGAGGACAGAAAACCAAGGUCAGCGACUGGUCGAAGCCGGGAAAAUCAACCAAAGUCUUCUUGUUCUGAGAAGAUGCUUCGAACAAUUGAGGUACCUUUUUGUUUAAUUUUUGUGUGUCCUUUGUUUUUCUAGUGUAAAAUAAUAGUCAUUGCUAUUGAUUUAUUUUCAGAGAAAAUCAAAAGCGUCCAGGGAACCCCCAGCCAGUGAAUUAUCGAGAUCAAAAGCUUACUUAUCUAUUUAAGAGCUAUUUCGAAGGAAAUGGAAGGAUACGGAUGAUAGUUUGUGUCAACCCGAGGCCGAAGGACUACGAAGAAAACAUUGUAAGUGUGGUUGUAAUAGUUUAAUUCAAAAUAUUUUUUUGUUGACACUUUACAAUGUUUUUUUUCAGUUUGUAAUGAGUUUCGCCGAAUUGGCCCAGGAUGUCGAUAUCCCAGAAUCUGCUACUCCCGUCCCAUUAUUAUUGGAUAUGACUAAUCAGAGAUACAGUAGACGGGAAGUUAACAAAUGGUAUAUGGAACUGGACACACGAUUGGCCCAGAUCUCAUCCAGAAUGGACAUCUUCAAGAAGCCCCCACCAAUUCAAUUAAGAGAUAUGGAUGACGAAGACAGUAUUAUCAGACUCAGAGAGUAUUAUACUGAGGCUGAGAGAACUCGGUCUGGGCAGAUUUCGGUAUUGAAAACAAAUGGUAAGGGAUUUGUCAUGGAUGAUAUAAAUUAAAUUAGAAGCCGAUUUGAAGAAGAUUAUGUUGGAAAGAUUGUGCUCGGCUGAUUUGGAUCGAAGGCUGGUUGAUGAAAGAGAACAGGAGAUCGACGAACUCAGGGAAUGUAACUCUAGCAUCAGCAAAGAGAGAAACCGUUUGAGGGUACGAUCACUUUUGCACCUGUUUUUAUUUUUAUUUACGGUCUGAAGCGUGACUUCAAUCUGCUAUUAAUUUCAGAGGGAAGUUAACAAACUUCAAGUUAAAUUGUCUAAAUACGAGAGCGAAUUCCUGAAUCAGCGAAGAAGAGAUGAAGAUGAAAGAAGACGACAGAUGGAACAGAAUGAGGCCUUGAUGAAACAAAGAGAGACCAUGAAGACGAUCGUUGCUGGCCUAAAUGUCCCUCCAUCAGCCCCUUCAUCCUCGGGUGGUCGAGUCGCUGCUUUGACAACGAUGUUUUCAUCAGAACAAGAGAAUCGACCUCCAGUUCCAUCGAAAACAAAACAAUAUGUGAGAGGACCUGGUGGGCAAUACAAUCCAGCCAAUGCUUUGGUGAAUCGGGGACGAGGAGUGGCCAAUAUUCGGUAUGGAAAAGCCCAGAGAAGAUCGCGAAGUUUGGGAGUUGGCGGCCGAGUUCUUAACCAUCAACCUCUGAACAAGAUUCCCACAGGAACAGUUUUCCAGGCAGAGUUUCCCAACAACACAAAACACACGACCAAAGUGAAGCCUCAGGACUUGAAAGGAUGCACGGAUUAUGUGAUUACUAACCAGAAUGUAGACGACGGUGGGAAUCUGUGUACGCAACACUUCAAGGCAAGUCUUGUGAGGAUGUUAUUUCACUCGUGAACUUUGUUUUUUGUAUUUCCGACAUGCGAUUAUUUUAACUCAUUUCAGGGAGAUAUUGUACCCACCGCCGCGGGAGGGCAUGCUGUAAUGUUCAGGGAUGUGGAAAGACUCACUCAAGAGAGCCCCUGA